AUGCCUGGGGGGUCGCUCACUCUCUGGCCACGCUUGGAGUUCUACGUGGCUGACGGUGUCUUCCUGAACAGGUGGGCAAGCGAAGAAGUUGGCCCUGUCUUCCACCACGGCAUUAAGAACCCCGAUGAGGUCACCUCCUUCUACUAUCAGGACCUGGAGCGGUGCGAGGUGAAUGCCUCCUCGGUGCUGCGCAGCGCUGCGCAGCUCGGAGAGACGGCCCUCCACCUGGCGCAGAGCUACCCGGAAUACUUUCCGGCAGGCAGCGCCUGCAAGCAAUGUGCAGAGCGGUGCAUGAAGAGCUUCAGCUGCCAGCCGCUGGAGGACGCAGAAGAGCCGCGCCCCAAGCAGGUAGGUGCAGCUACCUUCAACACAGCUGGUUUCGUCUUGGUGGACUCGGCAGAGAGCCGAAAGCACUCAUGGGGCUGGUCGCGCUGGGUCGCCGCCGCAUGA